AUGGCGGAGCCUUCCGACCCGAGCAGCCAGCUUGGGGCGGGUGACGAUGAGGCGGCCACCACUCAGGAGGAUCCCCACACACCGGCGGAGGAGUGCCCGGAAGAGGCGGAGCCGAUGCCUCCGGCAGAGGAGGGAGCUCCACCUCCGGCUACAGCUACUGAGGAGUCUGCAUGGGAGUCAUGGGGGUCCUUACGAGAGGACGAGGAGGACGCUGAGGACGAGGACGGCAGCUACGUCCGAAGUGGCUCUCGAGGAGAGCUCGAAGUCCUCGAUGUGAACUUCUGCGGCCGGGCAAGGAGGCGGCUGGCGCGGCACGCGCGCCGGGCAAGGAUACCUCUCGUGUCCCGAGCGCUGGUGGUCGAGGAGGAGUUCGUGGAUGUGGACAUUGUGACGAACGAAGUCCACGACGCCGAGCCGGACCGCACCUUGCACAUGGAAGUCUCCAGCGACGAGGCCGAGGCCAACGUUUCCGACGUCUCCUUCCCGCAGCAGAGCCCGCGGCGGCCCGUGACCAGCGCCGCGAUGAGCAUCAACUCGGGGCACGAGGUCCGCCUUGCCCCGCGCUCCAAGCGGAAAGCGAAGGCCAAGCCGCGACCGGCGCUUUCGGCGGCUUCCACGGCCUCCACGGCCUCGGGCUCCUCUGCAAGGCGGGGUCAAGACAGCUUUGACACGUUGCCCACCUCUUCCACGGAACGGCUGGAGAGUGACGGCUGGGGAGCAGCUGGUUUCGAGGCCCAGCCCUCCUCGUCCUCGUCCUGGGCCUGGCGAGACGAGGAGCCCAGCCUUCCGCCUUUGCUGCAGGUGCCGUUAUCUCCGGAGCAUGCGAGUCCUGCAGAGGACACCGUGGACCACAGCCUCCCGGAGUCUUGGUUCCAAGACCCGGAGGACGCAGAGGUGGCCAGUGCACCUGCAGGCGACGCUUCGGAGGGUGCAGGCCUCUCCGUGAUCUAUGUGGAGCCUGUCAGGUCCGGGAUGGAGCCCCGCUUCUGCCGCGAGUGCCAUGCUGCCUUCGCCAUGGGCGAGCUCCGUUUGGGCUACACGCCCUGCGGUGUAACGGCCGACGGCCGUCAGUUUCUCCCGGUCUGGGUGCAUGCCUUCACCUGCGCCCGGAGGGCACGGCUGGCCAUCCGAUUUGAUGGGGAGUCGGCCAGCUUCAGCCCGGCCGUGUCCCUUGCGGAUCGGAACCGCCUUGUGGAGGAGCUGCGGCAGGUCCACCAGUUCUUGGCACUUCAGCAUCGCUCCCAGCCCCGCCAGCUCUGCAUCCGCCCUUGGCGAUAUGUGCCAUCGGUUCUUCAGCGCUGGCCGGUGAUCCGCUUGCAGCCGGGUGCGCCCGAGAGCGAGUCGCGGCCGGGAUGGCGCAUACCCUCCCCGCCUCGGAGGACAUCGCCUCCUCGAGGGGCACCUCGCCGACGAACACCUUCGCCUCCUGCAGGUGUGGUAGAGGCCUGGUCUGAAGAUGAGAUGCUGGUGGAGAGUGACGCCCAAACGCCGAUGGUGCAGCAGGUGCUGGCGCAGCUCGUCUCCGGCCGCCUGGCCGCUGCCCCAAUGCAGUCGCUGGACGACCUGCCGAUCAUUCCAAACUUUCUAGCCUCCACAUUUUCUACGAGUGCCGAGUCCUCCGCCUCUGUGAUUACUGCCACGACGCGCCUCCUGGCGGAGGUUCCCGUCUUCAAUUCCGAGAAGAAGUGCGAGGAGCCGUGCGUGGUGUGCCGCGAUGACAUCACGGUGGGCCAGGAAUGCCGGCGCCUUCCCUGCAUGCACGUCUUCCACAAGGAGUGCAUCGAUAGAUGGAUUGCCGUCAAAGCCACCUGUCCGCUUUGCAACCUUAAGCUCGAGGAUCUGCUCAGAGAGCAGCAUUCCUUGGAGAACGGCGAAGAGCCAACACCGAGCCUCCGUCGCUCCCCUUCCCGCUCAAGGUCUCCUCCCAGGCCUGUAUACAGACCCAGCGGCCCACCAAGUGCCCCCCCGGGAGGUCCACGCAGAAGCCGAUGGGACCUUGGUCAAAGCGACACCUGGCGCUCCUACCGUUGGGGUCCGCCCGGUGCACGGCCCGUUGCUGGAAGUUGGCCCGCUAAUGGCUGGGUCCAAAAUCCAAUGGGCCAGAUGGGUCAGAGAAGCCACCAAAGGCCUUGGUCUGCGAUGAUGGGGGUACAGGUGCAAAACCAGUCCUUCCAGCAGAUCGCAACGCCAGGGCCCAUGUCUCAAAGUCAGGGACGGCCCAUGCCAGCACCGCCUCCGCCAGCACCCGAAGCAAGACCACCAGCAUGGUCUCCUCCCAUGAUGCCGGUGCCUGUCCCCGUGCCCGUUUUCCAAGCCAGGCCGGUCGUUCCGCCAGGCUUUCUACCGGGCGCCCCACCCAUCCCACCGCCGCCUCCACUGGCGCGACCUGUGCUACCGCUGCCCCGAUCACGGACGCCUCACGAAAUGCGAGGACCUGAUCCACAAUGGUAG